AAAUUAGGAGGAAAACCUAUACUAACGUUUUAUUCAAAUUUUCCCCAAAUUAAUACAUCUCAUAUAAUGCCUAUAUAUAGGCAUUUACAUACUUGUGAUGUCUUGUGGAAUAACCUAAAUAAACUUGGGCCAACACCCAACAAUCUUCACUUUGGUCCAGAUUUAUAAUCAAAGAACUACAUCUGUGCACCUACUGCAAUCUAGCUGGUUUCCUAUGCUUACACCAUGAGCAAUCCCUUUGAACCAAACCCAAUCUCGCUCGCAAACAACCUCCACCGUGUGUUCCAAACCACGACUCUAGCUCAUGCUCCAGCACUGACUCACUAGUCUUACUCUAGCUCAUGCUCCAGCACUGACUCGCUAGUCUUCCUCAGACACUUGUGCGUGCUCCAACCUGUGACCUUGCACUACAUCUAUCCGAUUAUGAGUCCACAACCAACAUGUCGCCCAGGUUCUUGAUUUGAUUCAUUGCUCUGACACACAACAACUAAAUGUCUCUUCUCGCCAAUCAAACCCACCAUAUGACCCGCAUUUGCCCCGUUCGCCCUACACGCCUAUGCACGCGCCUCUGCGCAAUCUUCCUCACGCCCGUCCACGCAAGCCCUUGUGCCCACGCGACAAGCCCGCCCUUGCGACCCUGCAAGCUCCGCGGCCUCCCUGCGCGGCCACGCCUUGCACGAUCGCUUGCUCCGGCCUACUCGCUCCAACUGCAGCCCGCGCAAUCAAGGACAACCUGCCUGGCUACAGCUUUGCUCCGGCCGCUUACUUAACUAGCGACCCAGCCCUUCUUGCGAGCCUUCCGUCCGUAGAUCAAGACAAUUAGCUUGAAUUGAUUUCUUGAGCAAUAAAAACUUCCUCCACCUCCCAGCUAUGAUACCAGAUGUUAGGAUUUUGAAUGAGGAAGAAGCCCUUCCUUCAUGAGCUUCUUGGGAGAGGAGGGAGAGGGAGAGAGCAGCAAACUCAAAACUUUAUUUCUUAACCAUGCAACCUAUUACAACUUAUAACUUCUAUAUAUAGGCACAAAAGCUACACUAAUGGCAAUAGAAGCCAUUCACACAACAAAAUUUAAGACCAAUUUCUAACUGAAACAAUGCCUAUCAGAUAUUAGAGAAAUGGAAAGCUUUAAACCUUCCUUGCAAGCCUCACAUCAUAUUGGAUUAAUGUUUAAAGUUCUUUUUUCUCUGUAAGACUUCUCUUUGUUUUUUCGGUUGCUCUUUGUUCUGCAACUUAUCACCUUUUAGUGAGAAGAUCCCAAUCUUUUCACUAAAUAAAUUAAAUAAAAAGAUUUGCCACUUCUACUAACUUGUUUAGACCACAAUGUUAUUUAGUUAUAGAUGCUUGGUUGCAAAACAAAAGGAUUCUUUGUAUAGAAAGUUCCUAGUCAGUUUUUCUUCUUCUAUUAUUUCUCUUAUAUAACAUUGAAAAAAUAAAUAUUAUGGAUUCAUUAGUACUUUGUUCAUUUACAAAGCAUUCCAUUUUAUUGUAAUAAUGAGAGCAAUUCUUAUGCAGCCCUUCCUAUCAACACUGUCUCACAUCCCAGCUGAUUAGAUGCUACCUGGAUGAGAAAUCUGACAAAAUUUGCUGAAGGGAUGGCUCAACUUCGGCCUCUGGCUUUUCAAAUAAAAAAUUUGGAAAAGCUUAUACUGAUUGCAUUAUUUCUCGAUUCUCCAGAACUUGCUUUCUUCCCCUUGUCUGCUAGCUCCUUAGUCUUCUUGUUCUCCCCAUCUCAACUCUUCAUAGUUCUUUGAAAUCAUAUUUGACAAUAGAUGUACCUGUACUAGAUUUGACCAGAUGAUGCCAUGGAUGACUCAGCUAAAAGAAAGCAGGGUGAAGAUGCACCCUAUUGCAGAGAAGUUUCAAUGCUGAAGGAUUUGCAAAGUGCAGCAAUUGAAAAUAUUCCCCAGAAUGGGAAUGGAGAAGAAGAUCAAGAACCCAAAGUUGGAAUGGUAUUUGAAUCUUAUGAUGACGUUUUUAGAUUCUACAAAGAAUAUGGACAUAGAAAGGGAUUUGGUGUUGUUAUUAAAAGAUCAUGGUUUCGGAAGGGGAAAUGCCGGCGCGCUGAUCUUAGUUGUUGGAAAAGUGGUUGUGGAUCAACUAGUCAACAAUCUUCUCUAGCAAAGCCAACAACAAAAACUAAUUGUCUUGCGAUGAUCACAGUUAGGAAUUGGAAAGAUGACUUGCUAUUUGUAACAGAUGUUGUUCUCGAGCAUAAUCAUUUACUAAGUCCCUCGAAAGCUCGAUAUUUUCGAUGCAACAGGAAGUUACAAGCUGUUAUGGGGAAAAGAUCAGAUUGCAAUGACGAAGCAGGUAUAUAUGUUUCAGAUAAUCCAUUACUUCAACAAAAUGGAGGGCCUUUGGGAAUAACUAUUGGCCAAAAGGAGUGCUUGACUUAUGCACAUAAGGAAGGGACUCUCGAGCUUAAAGAAGGAGAUGCAAUGGCAAUUUGUGAAUACUUUUUGCAAAUGCAGAGGAAAAAUCCAAACUUUUUUUAUUUGUUGGAUUGGGAUGAAGAAAGCCAUCUAAGAAAUUUGUUUUGGGCUGAUGCAAAAUCUAGAUCAUCAUACGACUAUUUUGGAGACAUUGUGGCAUUCGAUACAAAAUCUCUAAUUAGCAAGUAUGACUUACCAUUUGUUUCUUUUGUCGGAGUUAAUCAUCAUGGCCAAUUGGUUUUAUUUGGUUGUGGCUUACUUGCAAGUGGAACAUCUGAGAACUUUGUGUGGUUAUUUGAAGCUUGGUUGUCUUGCAUGUCAGGGCGUUCUCCAAAAGCUAUUAUAACCGAUCAAUGCAUGAACAUCCAAUACGCAGUUUCAGAAGUUUUUCCGGAGUCCCGACAUAGAUUUUGCUUGCAGCACAUCUUGAAUAAAAUGCCUGAGAAAUUGGGACAUCUUGACAAAUAUAAACCGAUUAAGAAAGAAAUAAAGAGAAUAAUAUAUGAUUCAAUGACAAUCUCAGACUUUGAAGAUGGGUGGAAAAGAGUGAUAGAAGAGUUUGGACUAGAAAUGCAUAAAUGGCUUCAGGAAUUAUAUGAUGGUAGAUAUUUUUGGGUUCCAGCUUUUCUUAAGAACAUAUUUUGGGCAGGCAUGUCAACUACUCAGCGUAAUCAAACUCUGAACUCUUACUUUGAUGAAUAUGUAGAUUCAAAAACAUCUCUGCAGCAAUUUAUUAGCUUAAAUGAGAUAGCUUUACAAGAUAAUUAUGAAAAAGAAGCACAGGCUGAUCUUGAAUCAUUUCAUGGUAGCCCCUACUUGCUGACACAGUUGCCAAUAGAGGAAAAGCUCUCUAAGUUAUACACAAUGAAUAUGUUCAAGAAGUUUCAGGAGGAGUUGAAGGCUACCAUCCAGUGCAGUAUAUCUAUACUCAAGGUUGAUGGUUCAGUUACUUACUAUGAAGUAAGAGAAUGUGGAUUUCAAAAAAAAAGCACAGAAGGUAAAAUAAGAGGCUUUAAGGACUUCGAGGUUUCAUACAAUGCGUGUGGAAGUGAAGUCGAAUGUAUUUGCCAAAGAUUUAAUUUUGAGGGCAUUCUUUGUAGGCAUGCCUUAUCUGUACUCAAAUUCUCUCAGGAAUAUGACCUUCCAUCCAAAUAUAUUCUCGACCGUUGGCGUAAAGAUUUCAAACGCUUACAUCCUUUAUCUCAUUCUUCAGAUAAAAUGGUGGCUACUAAUGAAUUGGAAAGGUAUGAUCUUUUAACAAAGCGUUCUUUACAAGUAGUUGAAUUGGCUACAUCAUCUGAUAGUAAUUUUCAUCUUGUAAUGAAGUUGCUUGAUAAGAUUGAGAGAAGUUCAUGGUGACAAAACAUGUUUUUGUGCAAUAAAUUGUUAGUAAUUUGUAAUAAACAGUUUUUAAUCGGCUAGAGAAAUGCUAAUGAUUUGAUUUUUAUGAGGUUA